UUACCGAUAAUCUAUUUUUAGAAAACUUUUCAAUUGGGUAUAGUAUAUAAAUACUAGUCUAAACCAGCAGAAAAUUAAAUCGGGCCUAAGUUAACAGAACCUGCAAGGGAUUUAGCAUUCAACAAAAAAAAACAAUGGAGAACAAACAGACGGCAUCUCAGCUCACGUUCAGCUUAGAUCUAUUGCCACAAGUAGCAAAGCACAUCGAGUUUCUUGAACAUGUUGCAGAAGUUCAGGACCUUAGAAACGAAAAUAUCCUGAAACAUGCUGCAUACAGAUACGAGAAUUAUUGGCUUCCCCUUGCUGCUGAACAUCCGAACGAAUGUCUUGCAGCCCCUGUAGACAUUGAGUGGAUCUGGCUGUGCCACAUGCUUUCACCAAAGCAGUACGAGAGCGACUGCCUUGCCCUCGUUGGAACCGUCAUUAAUCAUACAUUUUACAGUGGACAGGAAAGACAACAACUCCUCCAAGUGUCCGAGAACCACUGGCUUCAGAUGUAUGGACCAAAUGAGGAACCGUUUACUAUGGAACCACAGAGCAUAGGCAAUGAAAAUACCGCAGAUACCACUUCUUCACUGUCUUAUGAUGUUGUUGCUGCUGCCUUGAGACAGGAAUCUUUCUAUGAUAAAAUAUCAUCAACUGAAAAAAGAAAUGGAGAGAACCAAACCAGCAGUUUGGACAGGUACAAGCAGUUUAUUUAUUUAUGCAAACUGCUUCCAACAUUAUUUUUCUCUCCGCCUAUUGACGUAGAUCUGCUUUGGCACACCCACCAAGCGAAUCCACAAGCUUACAAGUCUGACAUGUGUAGAAUUCUUAAAAGGCUGCUCAAUCAUGAUGACACAAGCACGAGUGAUAAAGAGUUCAAAGAAGCAAAUGCACUAACAGGUGCACACUGGGAGAUGUUAUACAGGGAACCUUGUUUGGCCGAAAUGGGCACGUGCGGUAAUCGUUGUCGUGUCAUGUGCACUCGUUGUACAGUCCAUUAAAUCAAAUCAAGUGACUAAAUCCAGGCAAGGCGUUGAAAUGGUGAAUCUUUGUUGUGAGGAACAAUAAAAGAGCGAAGUAAAACAAUAACUACAGAUUUACCGGGUUGCUUAAGUUAUUAUAAAAGAAACUUUCUCGAACAUUUUACAUUAGCUGGACUAGAAUAUUUGCAUUCAUUUUGUAUAUGGUUAACUGCCAAUACACUGGUAAUCAUGUUUAGGCAUAUGUUUUCACACUAUCAAUAAUUUAAAACUAACAUGCUUUUUUAUGAAAAUAAACACAAAUAUCAUAGACAUA